AUCGACUUCAUCGACUUGCCGGCCACCCCAGCCGGCUACAACUCCGACUUUCGCGAGGUCUACGCGCACUGCGUGCCCGGAGCUCGAGCCCGUCAGACCCGCAGUCCGCCGAUGUCGUCUGCCGACUCGCCGUCGAGCAGACCAUCCCACCUCUCGAAUGCUGUCGUCACGUCGAUAGGGGCGACGCCUCCGUUCGGCGAAGGCUACGCCGACAACGAGGGCGCAGAAGGCUCGACAGGGUCCGACCUCGAGACCCGGCAGCAGACGAGGCUGCCCAACUAUUGCCUGGGCGACGGGAUCUGGCAUUUGGCGACCAAAGGGCACUGCGAAUGUGCUCCUGGCUUCCAAGCAGACGAUUGGAAGGCAGACUGCCUCGGUUGGUCCAUCUUGUCUCUUAUAGCUUCUCAAUUAAAUCUUGUAUCUUGA